AUGUAUUUCCUCCCGGGACGGUCGCGCUCGAAGGUAUUCAUUCAUAACGCCUCGUACUACUACCCCGAAAUAAACCAUAAAAGCCCUAACGUAUAUUAUCUAUCAGAUCUUCAGGCUCGCGAUGAGACAGUGCGAACAAUUUUGUUGCCACGUCCCAGUCGAGAUCCUAACGACCCAUUGAAGAACUGGGCUCUUUGGCGCAAAUAUCUCAACUUCGGUCUUGUUUGUUAUUACACCUUUUCGGUGUUUUCGUUACCGAAUCCUAAUGGACCUAACGCCAGCCUUACUGUCGCUAUACCCACUUGGGGACCAAUGAAUGAGGAACUAGGCUUUACUUAUCACGAGCUUAACAUUAGCUAUGCUCUCGGCAGUGGGGGUAUAGCUAUCGGUGCUGUUUUACUGACCCCAUUUGCUCUCAAAUUUGGCAGACGCCAGAUAUACAUUACCAGUUUACUUCUCCAGGUCGGAGUCUGUAUCUGGGAAGCUGAGCUUCAGACAGUGCCGGAGUUAUACCUUGUCACUUUCCUGAGUUGCUUCCUAGGAAGCCUUGCAGAGAUCAUGAUUCAAAUGACUAUUGCCGAUGUCUUUUUCAUCCACCAACGAGGGGCGAUGAACAGUAUCUUUAUUUUUUGUCAGCAGAUUGGUACCGCAGUGGCUCCUGUUGCCGCCGGCUAUAUCACCACUUGGCUUGGUUGGCGAGCGGUAUGGUGGGCUAUGACCAUUUCCUUGGCAACUGGUCUCCUUGCCUUUGUAUUCCUAUACGAAGAAUCCAAGUACGCCUUCACCCUUCUAAUGGUUGUUAUAUACCCUAACAAAUGCUUCAGCGCUCUGACCGAGGGAGUUGAGUUAGAGAUAAACAAGGAAAAUGGAGCAAGUGGGCGUCCUCAUGAGAACCAUGAAACUAAAAAGAACCCGGAGAUCGAAAGCAACCAGCAACCUUCAGAAAUGACAACCCUUGAUAAGCUACCGCCUCUAUACGACCUUGAUAUUGAUGAAUCUAUCCCAUCCACGACCUACAAACAGCGCCUUUUGCAAUUUACAGUUAGUCACGGACCUAUCUCACAACUCCUCCUACAUACCUACCAACCUCUCCAUGUCAUGCUUUAUAUUCCAGGCAUAUUAUACAUGGCGAUCGUCUAUGGUAUAUCAUGGGCCGUCAUGACGAUCAUUGGGACAAAUAUGGCCACUUUCAUGCCAGCCCCACCAUAUAAUUUCAGUGCAUCCGGUGUCGGCCUUAUGACGCUGCCUGUCUUCGUUGGAACAGCCAUCGGAAUGGCGAUUGUCGGACCUAGUUCGGAUAGACUGAUUCUAUACCUCGCAAAACGAAAGAAUGGCAUCUACGAACCUGAAAUGCGCCUCUGGCUAUUAGUUGCUUUUAUCCCGUUAGUUCCUACCGGUCUCAUGGUGGCAGGCUGUGGGUUUCAAUAUAGUCUUCCAUGGCCUAUCAUAGCUGUGGGGUUCGGUACCGCUUCUUUGGGAAUCACACCAGCAAUUACUGUAUCACUGACCUAUGUCACUGAUGCUUAUACUGAGGCAAGUGGGUUCAAGUCUUCUUUGAAUUUAGCUGACUUUAGACAGAUCCUGGGCGAUGCCAUGGUGGGUAUUACAUUCGUUCGCAAUAUCCCCUCAAUGGUAAUACCUUUCUUCCUGCUGCCGUGGAUAAGCCGCAUGGGGCUUUUGAAUGUUUAUAUCGUGGUAUCCGUCAUUUCGACCGUGAUAUUCAUGAUUACAAUUAUCUUUAUCUACUAUGGAAAAAGGAUCCGUACGGCCACUGCUACUCGGUAUCGGUGGUUUGCCUCUCGCCAGUUCAACGACCGGAUUUAA